ACUUGGCCAUCAUUUUUAUACCGAGUCAACUCAACUCUCAACUCAUAAACCUCUACAUUCUAAAACCCUCUUAUCUGAAACUUCAACAAAACUUGCAAAAACCUCAGAGUUUAGAAACAAAAUGUUCAUCACAUUAACAGCACCAACUCAGUGUGUUCCAUUACAAUUAAACAACAAUUAUCCCAAAUUCUACCUUCCAAACAAACCUCAUUUUCAAAAAUUCAAAUUCUCAAAGAAAUGGAGAUGUUCAGCUUCUUCAAAUCAACCCUCAAAACAGCAAAAUCAACCCAGAAAUGCUGAAGCUUCAUCAACGAGUGAGAAACGAGUUGACCCAGUUGGUUUUCUAACUCGACUCGGAAUAACCCACAGAGCCUUUUCUCUGUUCCUGCGUGAAAGGCACAAGGCUCUGAAAAACCGUAAAGAUGAAAUCUUUGAGCGGUUCAUGAACCUUAAAGAUUUUGCUUCUGGGUAUGAAUUAUUGGGAAUGCAUCGCCACCCUCAGCAUCGUGCAGAUUUCAUGGAAUGGGCUCCAGGUGCACGAUAUUGUGCUCUAGUUGGUGACUUCAAUGAUUGGUCUCCUACUGAGAAUUCUGCAAGAGAAGGCCACCUUGGGCAUGAUGAUUAUGGAUACUGGUUUGUAAUUCUUGAUGAUAAAUUGAGGGACGGAGAAGAGGCAGAUGAUCUUUAUUUCCAGCAAUACAAUUAUGUUGAUGACUGUGAUAAAGGUGAUAGUGGGGUUUCUGCUCAGGAAAUUUUCCAAAGAGCAAAUGAUGAGUACUGGGAACCGGGGGAGGACCGCUACCUUAAAUCUCGAUAUGAAGUAGCAUCGAAAUUGUACGAACAGUUUUUUGGCCCUAAUGGACCCCAAACAAUGGAGGAAUUGGAAGAAAUACCAGAUGCUGAAACAAGGUAUAAGGCUUACAGAGAACAGCAUAAAGAUAAGCCCCCCGAAUUUUUCCGUUAUGAUGUAAUCGAUAGUGGGAAAGAAUAUGACAUUUAUAAUGUUGUGGAUGAUCCUAUUUCUCGAGAGAAAUUUCGUAAAAAGAAGCCUCCUCUUGCUUACUGGUUUGAAACACGCAAAGGAAGAAAAGCUUGGAUGAAUAAGUAUACUCCUUCUCUUCCACAUGGAAGCAAGUACAGAGUGUAUUUCAACACUCCUGAAGGGCCUUUGGAAAGGGUUCCAGCCUGGGCCACUUAUGUUCUUCCAGAUGUGGAAGGGAAUCAACCUUGUGCUGUUCACUGGGAGCCACCACCUGAGAGCGCUUAUAAGUGGAUGAACAAGCACCCAAAGGUCCCAAAGUCCUUGCGCAUCUAUGAAUGCCAUGUUGGAAUUAGUGGGUUAGAGCCAACGAUAACCUCCUUUAAUGAUUUUACUGAGAAGACCCUUCCUCUCAUAAAGAAGCUGGGAUACAAUGCAGUACAGUUAUUUGGAGUUAUUGAGCACAAAGAUUACUUCACAGCUGGUUAUAGAGUCACAAACAUGUAUGCUGUAAGCAGUCGAUUUGGCACUCCAGAAGACUUUAAGCACUUGAUUGAUGAAGCUCAUGGUCUAGGACUGCUAAUAUUUUUAGACAUUGUGCAUUCAUACUCAGCAGCUGAUGAAAUGAUUGGAUUGUCGCAUUUUGAUGGAACAAAUGACUGCUACUUUCAUACUGGAAAACGAGGACAGCACAAAUAUUGGGGAACUAGAAUGUUCAAGUAUGGGGAUGUUGAUGUGCUACAGUAUCUCCUUUCCAAUCUGAAUUGGUGGGUUGAAGAAUAUCAAAUUGAUGGUUUCCAGUUUCAUUCGCUGUCUUCAAUGAUUUAUACACACAAUGGAUUUGCUACCUUCACUGGGGAAUUGGAAGAAUACUGCAAUCAGUAUGUAGACAGAGAUGCCCUUAUGUACCUCAUUAUGGCAAAUGAAAUUCUGCAUGCUCUUCAUCCCAAUAUUAUAACUAUUGCAGAAGAUGCGACAUAUUAUCCUGGAUUAUGUGAGCCCACUUCUCAAGGUGGACUAGGAUUUGAUUAUUACGUUAAUCUUUCUGCAUCUGAGAUGUGGCUGGACUUUCUUGAGAAUGUCCCUGACGAUAAAUGGAACAUGAGUAAGAUUGUUACAACAUUAAUGGGAAACAAAUUGCAAGCUGAUAAGAUGCUUCUGUAUGCUGAAAAUCACAAUCAGUCCAUAUCUGGAGGACGGUCUUUUGCAGAGAUUUUGCUUGGUAAUAUGGAAGAACAAUCACUGGAAUCAACAGAGUUUUUGCAAAGAGGGAUAUCUUUGCACAAACUUAUCAGACUGAUUACCUUUACUAUCGGUGGCCGUGCUUAUCUGAAUUUCAUGGGCAAUGAAUUUGGGCAUCCAAAGAGAGUUGAGUUUCCAGCAGCAAGCAACAACUUCUCAUUGGAAUUAGCAAACCGUCGAUGGGAUUUGUUAGCAGACCAAAGAAUUUAUUCUGAUUUGUUUGCCUUUGACCAGGACAUGAUGAAAUUGGAUCAAAGAGAAAAGGUUCUGUCAAGGGGCUUACUAAAUGUUCACCAUGUGAAAGAUGAUACUAUGGUAAUUUCUUACAUGAGAGGUCCUCUUCUGUUCAUAUUUAACUUUCAUCCGACUAACUCAUAUGAGAGAUAUAUUGUUGGAGUUGAAGAAGCUGGGGAAUAUCAAAUUAUACUAAACACCGACGAGAAGAAAUAUGGUGGAAGAGGUAUUAUGAGCAGUGAACAAUAUCUCCAGAGAAGCAUUAGGAAGAGAAUCGAUAGUCUUCAGGACUGUCUACAAGUGCAAUUGCCUAAUAGAACUUCCCAGGUCUACAAAUUAUCACGGAUAUUGAGGACAUGAUUGUUUCACUGCAGACUUAUCGAGCCUGUCUCUUGUAUUGUUUUGACUGUGCUAACUGAUACCAUUAGCGAGCUUCUCAACUUAUAAUCCGAAUUAACAGUUCAAGACUCAGCAUGCUUAUUGGUAAAGGGGAAAGAACACACUUAUUAUCAAAUGAUUGUGGUAACUCACUUCAAAGUGGUCAAUCCUUUACGUAUGAUGCAUAACGACUGCAAUUUCUAUAGGAGGAUUAUACAGGAUGCGUUUCCUGUGACUUCAGUCCUCAGUCAGAGCAUUUCUUACGGUGUUACGGUGACAGAAAAUGCUGCCAUUGUGCCAAACGGAGGGUUAUGGUGACUAACUGGAUGCAUAGAACAAAGGUUAUUUUGCCUGGAUGCUAUGCUCUAUUAUAUAUAUAUAUAUACAAUGUAAAUUUGUAAUAUAUAGAUGAAAGUUGAAUCUUUUUAGUCAUGCCUUUCUCUAAAAUCAUUAGAGUUCAAAAACAGAUAUUAUGGGAACUAUAUGCAGGUAAAAGAUGCAUAAUUGGCUUGAAAUUAUUGUAAUAACAUCGGUCUAGUAUUUGGAAAAUUGUGAAAAAGUUUCAUUGAAAAAGUGAAUUGAUUGAUACUUGGAUUGAUUGAUAGUUUAUGAAUUGAUUUAGUUUAUGAA